UUUCUCCAAUAUUCUGGGUAGACAUUAGGACCGCGCAGACUCUACGGCUGGAGCGGUACAUUACUCCAGUGUACAUCCCCUAAACAACGGGGGAACGGGGGGAUCGACCCGGAGAUUUUUUUUCACCGACGACUUUUUGCACUUCUAAUCUGGAGGAACCGGAGUGAAUGGAGUUCACGAAUCCUUUCCUCAGCCCUGAGCACACUGAAUCCACUUGAAUCAAAUCUUCUCUGGCCACAGAAAGAGUGUGGCUCACUUUUAGGCUUUUUCCGUUUGAGGAGGACCCACUGUUGAUCUUGUAUCCCCCUCUCUCUUUGUGCGCCCUCCCGGUUCUCCAUUCGCCAGACGCGGAGCAGCAGAGCCGCAUCACCAUCCUCAUCAUCAUCAACGGCGCUCGCGCUGCUGCUUCUGUGUCUCUGCGCGUGCAGUCAGGACCCGUGCGACCCGCUAUCCCACCACCAUGAAUUCGGAUAUUAACAUGUACUUGGGACGAGAGAAAGCGGGAAUCAUGCGAAAGAGAGCCCUGCUACUCAGGAAGGGCUGCAGUUUCGAAAUAACGAGCUCAGCGUCAGAGGAUCUCGGGUGCAGGAGAGGAGAAUUCAGCCGGAAACACUAUGGAUCAGUUGAACUGCUCAUCUCCAGUGAUGCAGAUGGGGCCAUACAGAGAGCUGGCAGAUUCAGAGUGGAGAAUGGUUCAAUCGAUGAAAUCUCUGACUACACGCCUGGAACGUGGAGGAGAACUGAUGUCCAUCUGGAGAACCCAGAGUACCACACCAGAUGGUACUUCAAGUACUUCCUGGGAAAAGUUCAUCAAAACUACGUGGGCACAGAUGCAGAGAAGAACCCCUUCUUUCUGUCUGUGGUUCUGUCAGACCAGAACAACCAGAGAGUCCCUCAGUAUCGAGCCAUCCUCUGGCGCAAGACGGGUACUCUGAAAAUCAGCCUUCCAUACAGCCCAACAAAAACACUAUCAGUUAAAUCUAUAUUAAGUGCCAUGAAUGUGGAUCGUUUUGAGAAGGGCCCGAGGGAAAUCCUCAACCCAGAGAUUCAGAAGGACUUACUGGUGCUGGAGGAGCAAGAGGGAAGUGUUAACUUUAAAUUUGGUGUUCUUUAUGCCAAGGACGGACAGUUGACAGAUGAUGAAAUGUUCAGCAAUGAAAUGGGAAGCGAGACCUUUGAGAAAUUUCUGAAUCUCCUUGGUGAUACGAUCUGUCUACAGGGCUGGGCAGGGUAUCGAGGAGGACUGGACACUAAGAACGACACUACAGGAAUAAAUUCUAUCUACACAGUCUAUCAGGGUCAUGAGCUCAUGUUCCACGUUUCCACCAUGUUACCUUAUUCUAAAGAGAACAAGCAACAGGUAGAGAGGAAGAGACACAUUGGGAACGACAUCGUGACCAUCGUGUUUCAGGAGGGAGAUGACGCCUCGCCGUCCUUCAAACCCUCCAUGAUUCGCUCCCAUUUCACACAUAUUUUUGCCUUAGUUCGAUAUAAUAGCCAGAAUGAUAGUUAUAGGUUGAAGAUUUUCUCAGAGGAAAGUGUGCCACUGUUUGGUCCGCCUCUCCCUUCCCCUCCAGUGUUCACGGACCACCAGGAGUUCAGGGACUUUUUACUAGUUAAAUUAAUAAAUGGAGAAAAAGCCACUCUUGAGACCCCUACUUUUGCUCAGAAACGUCAGCGUACACUGGACAUGCUGAUCAGAUCCCUGUACCAGGAUCUCAUGCCUGACAUGCACAAGAACAUGCUGAACCGACGCUCAUUCAGCGAUGUGCUGCCAGAGUCACCUAAAUCCGCCCGGAAAAAAGAGGAGGCACGUCAGGCUGAGUUUGUUAGGGUGGGACAGGCCUUAAAGCUGAAAACUAUAGUUCGAGGCGAUGCGCCCACCAGUCUAGUCACCACUGGCCUUUGCAGGAAAGAGCCAUGGGAGUCACAGUCGUUCUGCAGCAGCUUCCCUUAUGAUAUAGUCUGUGGAGACUCAUGGGGUCAGUCAUUACUGGUCGCCACAGAUUCAGCAGGAGUCAUGCUGCUGGAGGCUUCAGAUCCGCUGUUCUCCAAUGCAGAUUCACCAACCCUGCCUCCGGUGCAGGUAUUUGACAAAACCUUGACCGUCAAACAAAUGCACGUGCUUGAACCUCAGGACCUCCUCAUUGCAAGAGCAGACAAAGGGAAGGAUGCUCGACUGUAUGUUUACAGACUGAGCACGCUCAAACGAGGGAUAGAAGAGCGACAGCUCGUCCGCACCAAGUAUGACAGUCGAGAGAACAAGCUUGAGAAAACCAAAGGCUGCCAUCUCUACUCCAUAAACACACAUCAUGGAGUGGAGCUCAGAAUUGUUGCGGCGAUAAGAAACAAGCUCCUUCUGAUCACCAGGAAACAGUCACGGCUCGAAUGCGUCAGCUCUAUCGCUACAGUCACAGGGAGCACAGACUCACCCGUGGAAGAGUUCCAGUACAUACGCGAAAUCUGCUUAUGUGACUCUCCGGUGGUGAUGGCCCUGGUUGACGGCCCGACAGGAGAGAAUGAUCACAUGAUUUGUGUGGCCUACAGACAUCAGUUUGACUUGAUCAACGAGAGCACAGGAGACGCCUACAGACUACACCAUGUAGACUCCAACCGGGUCAACUUUGUUGCUGCCAUAGACGUUUAUGAAGAUGGAGAGGCUGGACUUCUUCUUUGCUAUAACAAUAUCUGCGUCUAUAAGAAGGUGUGUCCGUUUAAUGGAGCCACACCCAUGAUUCAGCCCAACACUUCUGACUUCCAUUUCAGCUGGAACCAAAUGCCUAAUGCUACUGUGUGUGCUUUCCCGUAUAUACUCGCAUUCACCACAGACUCCAUAGAGAUCCGCCUUGUUGUUAAUGGAAACCUAGUAUAUACAGCUGUUGUCCCAGAAUUACAGUUGACUGCGUCAAGAUCUGAUAUCUAUUUCAUCUCCUCAGCGCCUAUAAACUCUGCCUCUAACUGUAGCUCCAGAGACACUAGUUCCCAGAGUUCCCCUCAGACGCCCACCGGCUAUGAGAUGCCCGUCUUCCCUUCACCGCUUGGAGAUGAUUGUAUUCGGAUCCCCUACGGCACCAAGCUUUCCCUCUACAUGUCUAAAGACUCUGAAGGUGAGACUCAAUCAAAACACAUCUAUAAGAUCCCUCUGAGUAACCUAGUUGGACGGAGCAUAGAGAGGCCCCUCAAGUCUCCUCUGGUCAAUAAAGUGCUCACGGCACCGGCCCCCAGCAUGACCGGCCCUGUGCCCAUGAUCGGCAGCACCACCUCCCUCUCGCUGUCUCGCAUGGAGAUCAAAGAAAUUGCCAGCCGCACACGAAAAGAGCUGCUGGGUUUGACUGAGGAACCCAGCAGUAAAGCAGAUGGCAACUCAGUGAAACAGAGAAGGAUGAGCAAAAACAAGGAGGAAGAGCAGAAGAGAACAGCAGAGAUCAGCAUAGCCGAGCAAGUGGGCAUGGAGUCUGUAGAUGGAGAAACCGACAUCCAACAGCUCUGUCCAUCUGGCUCAGAGGUGGAGGUACGAGAUGACAGUCCACCCACAGCCAACCCUUUCACCUUCUCCACAUCGUUUGAGGACGAUAUUUUGGACCUUAAGUGAUGACAAUCACAGUCUGUGGAUUAAAGUGCACCUCUCACCUUAUUCAUCCUCCUACCUUUUACUUUAUAUCAUUCUUCUCAUCGUGUGACGUCCAAUUUUGUCUUCUCCCUCAGUCUGUCCACUCAUCUGUGUGCAAAUCAAUCCCCAGCGUUUACAGUGUGGCGAUGUCAAAAUUCCCUCCUGGUGGAUGGAUGCAUGUGCGUGUGUGUGUGUAUUAUCCUGUUUAUGGGAAAGAUAGAAAUAAAACAAAUUAUUAGCAACCAUUUCAGAUUUCUGCUUAGAGUAAAAACAAAACUGACCAAAAAUGCUGAAAAUGCCGAAGAAUCUGAAUUGUGUUUGAUUUCAUUUCUAUUAUGGAUUAGAAACAUUCUCCUUCCACUUUAGGACAAAUUUGUAGCUUUGUAGCAAACUUGUAGCCAUAUGAACAGAAAUGGGAUAUUUAAACAAUAAACUGGCUUCAAAUGGUUUGAGCCAAGAUUUAAGGUCAAGGCAAAAUAUUACUUUUCUCUCCAAGACCUGAAUGUAAAAUUGACGCUCCUUACAUUUUUUAAUUCCUUAUUUUGUGUUUUUAAAUGUUUUCUAUGUUUGUGAUUUGUACAUUGUGUGAUUAUUUCAAAGUUGUAAAAAACUCUAUAUGCAUCUCGAACCAGGUGCACAUGAACAUACAAAUGUAAACAUACAAAUAUAUAUAUACACCUUUAUAGUUCUAUUGUAUUAUGAAGAAAUAAAACUCACUUCUUGUGUAUAUCAACGUUACGGUGUAACCUGCCUUCACUCUCACCACGCUUUUUAACCCUGACAUGCAAACCUUUGGCAGAAAGGCAGGAGUCUCCCACAAGUGCCAUUUUCUACUGCACCCAUCAACCACUAGAGCGCCCUCUAUCAGACAGACCAUGGAUUGCAUAUGUCAUGAGGCAGACGUUAACUAAAUCCAUUACAGAACAUGGUUUUCUACACCGCAUCUGCUGCUGUUUACUAUGUGUACAGUAUGAGCUUUAAUCCAUCAACAUCCACAUUCACGGGCACACAUUCUUAAAGUGCUGUUGCUUCUUGAAAAGGGCUCUGGAUCACCUGCAUGCCUCCCCUCCAUCCCACAACAAAAUAAAAGGGAUUUGAUAUAUUAACGGUUUAGAAUUAGGAAGCAGUAUCUUCUCAUAGAUUUGGUACAAACUGAAGGAAUUCUUUACGAUUUUAAGCCAGGGUCACUUAGAUUAGAUCUCAGACUCUGGGUUACACUGCAAAAAAAAACUCUUUAUCAGUAUCUUUGUCUUGUUUUCUCAUGAAAACUUUAAAUUAAGAUGAAAAUAUUUGAAAAAUUAAUCGUUUUUUGUAAACGUCAUUAAACCUAUUUUGCUUAAAGGAACACUACAACUUUUGUGGAACAUUAAAAGUCCGCUUAAACAGUUAAGUUUUUUAAGUCCAUUAAGUCGAUCUCUGGGUCUAGCGGGAGCAUUUUUAGCUUAGCUUAGCAUAGAUCAUUGAAUCGGAUUAGACCAUUAGCAUCUCACUUUAAAAAAGUUUUGAUAAAUUUCCUAUUUAAUGGCAGAUAUGGGCACAUGCAGCGCUGUUACCUAGUUAUCUAGCUGGGGAUUCUUUUCAUGUGCUGCAUAAUACUGAGCCAGCUGCAGCCAUGCUACAGCAGCAAAGUUCCUUGAUUAUUACAGCAGAAUGAGAGUAUAGUUCCUAGCCAUAUCGGCCUAGAUAAUAGUAACUUUUAAUACAUUUUUAGUCUUAGUACAUGAUGUAACUACAGAGGAGUCAAUCUUUAAAUAGAAAAAACUAUCAAAAUUCUACUGAUUGUUUUAAGUGUGACGCUAAUGGUCUUAUCUGAUUCAAUGAUCUAUGCUAAGCUAAGUUAAAAGUGUUCCUGGCAGACCCAAGUGUAUCUGUCUGCAGACUGCAAGAUAGGAGUGUAAGAUGAAGGGGCGUAACUUGCAGUUAUCGAGAUCCCAUUGAACCAUGCAAGAUGUCACAACGAGAUGUUGUUGGCAAGAUGGUGGAAAUACUUACCAGAGAACAUUUUCAACAAAUGUUUUUAUGAGUUUUCUCCAAAUUUAUCCACAACCAAUUCCUUUUUAUAUAUUAUUAUAUUAAUUCGUUUAGCAACUCCACUCAGUGACUUCUUCAUUCGUUUUGUCAUGAAAGUUAGCCAACUCCGGGUCGCCCCCUGUGGUCGCAAAUACCAGAAUGGCGAGCGUGUCAAGUAUAAAAAGCCUCUGCAACUCGCGGUUGUACGUUAAAAAAUGUGAUGGUUGGGUUAAGGGUUGGGGUAGUUGUAGACAUUAAUAAUUAUGAUGGUUGGGUUUAGGUUAAGGGAAGGUGUAGGCGUUAAUAAAAAUGAUGGUUGGGUUUAGGCUGGUGGUAGGAAUAGAUGGUUAGGUUUAGGUGUGGAGGCAUUAAUAACUGAUGUACAGCACCAUCUUGCUGACAACAUAGUCUUGACUUGGCUCCAUAACUUCAAAUUAUGCCUCUUACGUACUACAAGUUACGCCCCAAAGGCCCCUUUACGUUACGCCCCUGUCUUGCAGUCCGCAGACAGACCCAACUCAACAGACCCGGAGAUUGGCUGAAUGGAUUUAAAAAUUGUAAAACUCAACCAUUUUAACUCUAGGGGACUUAUAAAAUAAGUCUAUUUCUUAAAAAAAAAAAGAGAGAGAGUUCCUUUAAAACUAUCUAUUUAUCUCAUCUAUAGUAUAUACAUAAUUUCCCAAAAAAAUAUAAUUUCAGAAGAAAAAAAAUACAAAAACCUGGGGGUAAAAAAGGAUUUUUUGUAGUGUAAUAAGAGGAGAAUAUAGAUUUUGCUGUUUACAGUUCAAACUCAGAGAUGUUUAAAAACUGUCAUCAAAGUGACACCAGAACACAAGAGCCUCAGGAACAGCACAAGAGGAGGUGUAAGUAUAAAGCGCUUCGCUGAUUGCAUGUCGCUCCACGCUAAACCUUUUUCACUUCAUUGUGACUCACUCAACACUAGUAGCAGUCUGGACUAAAAAGGGAAAAAUUGGGAAUAUUUUUGUAAAUGAAAAGUUUUAAAUAUUAUUUAUUUGCCAUCUGUUGUUCUUUGAUGAGAAUAGAUGUGCAAGAGAUUGAUGGAAUAUAUUUUUUCUGUUGGCAUACUGUCUGUUGUUGUCUUCCCCAUCCCUCUGUUUACUCUCCUGAUUGUUUUUUGCAGUGGUUUUUGUAUCUAUAUCAAUAUUACCUGUUUAGACUGUUGCAGGAAGUCUGUGAUAUCAGAAAUUAAACAAAAACAAAUAAAAAAAACACCAAGUGUCUUAAAAUAUUGUAUUGCCAUUGUUUUUAACGCCAAGUACUACUUGUAAAUGUUUGUGUUUCAGAUGUGGCCUCAAAAUCUACUACUAUUAUUAUUAUUAUAGCAUUUAUUUGAAAGUGCUGUAGCCCACUGCUGUAGUUAAUAUUGUUGAUAUGAAAUAAAUAUUUAUGAAAUUUGA